AAAAAAAAAAAAGAGCAGCUUUUUAGGGUUUUUUAUCGGAGCGAGCGAGUGAACUAAGCUCGCGACGUGUUUCUGGGUUUGUGAUGGAGCGAUGAAGCAGCCAUCUAUUGUACUCUGUAAUGAAGAAAGGUACUACCUUUGCCUUGAGAAACUUUAUCCACCUCUUUACUCUUCGGUCCUCCCAAUCUAUUAUCCCCAACGCUCGUAACCUCUCUUCCUCAACCAUAACCGACACCACAAGACCUUUCCCCGAUUACUCCCCGAAGAAACCUUCAGUGAGAGACACCGAACUCGUCCACCAAAUCGCCAAUGCGAUCAAGCUUCGCCGCGCUGAGCCUCUCAAACGUAGCUUAAAGCCUUACGAAUGCAAGUUCAAAACCGACCAUUUGAUUUGGGUGCUCAUGAAGAUUAGAUCCGAUUACAACCUCGUUCUCGACUUCUUCGAAUGGGCACGCUCACGCAGAGACUCCACCCUCGAAGCUCUCUGCAUCGUCGCUCACUUAGCUGUUGCGUGUAAGGAUUUGGAAGUGGCUCGUUCUCUUGUAAGCAGCUUCUGGGAGAGACCGAAGAUGAGUGUUGAUGACUCCUUUGUACAGUUUUUUGAUCUUUUGGUGUAUACUUACAAGGACUGGGGCUCGGAUCCUAAUGUCUUCGAUGUUUUCUUUCAAGUGCUAGUUGAGUGUGGGAUGGUCCGUGAAGCUAGGAAAGUCUUUGAGAAGAUGUUGAGUUAUGGUUUGGUUCUCUCUGUUGAUUCCUGUAACCUAUACCUUGACCGUCUUUCUAAAGACUGUGGUGAAAAAGCUGUUGUAGUGUUCAGGGAGUUUCCUGAGGUGGGUGUUUGUUGGAAUGUUGCUUCUUAUAACAUUGUGAUUCACUGUGUUUGUCAGCUUGGGAGGAUACGCGAGGCUCACCAUCUACUCGUGCUUAUGGAGUUGAAGGGAUACACCCCUGAUGUUGUGAGUUACAGUACAGUGAUAAACGGAUACUGCAGAUUUGGGGAACUUGAAAAGGUCUGGAAGCUCAUCGAAGUCAUGAGAGAGAAGGGGUUGAAGCCAAACUCUUAUACUUACGGUAGCAUCAUUCUCUUGCUAUGCAGAAGGUGUAAGCUAGCAGAAGCAGAGGAGGCUUUUCGAGAGAUGAUAGAGCAGGGCAUAGUUCCUGACGCUGUAGUGUACACAACUCUUAUUGAUGGUUUCUGCAAGGGAGGGAAUAUUCGGACUGCAUCGAAGAUUUUUCACGAGAUGCUCUCUUUGGAUAUUGCACCAGAUGUUUUGACGUACACUGCUAUUAUAUCAGGGUUUUGUCGUGUUAGCGACAUGGUGGAGGCUGGUAGACUGUUCCGUGAAAUGCUUUGCAGGGGUUUGGAACCGGAUAGCAUUACUUUUACUGAAGUUAUCAAUGGAUACUGCAAAGCAGGGCAGAUGAAAGAGGCUUUUAGCGUCCACAAUCACAUGAUUCAGGCGGGGUGUUCUCCUAAUGUUGUCACGUACACCACGUUAAUUGAUGGGCUGUGUAAAGAAGGGGACUUGGACUCAGCAAACGACCUUCUCCAUGAGAUGUGGAAACUAGGUCUUCAACCGAAUCUUUUUACUUAUAACUCCAUUGUCAAUGGUCUGUGCAAGUCAGGGAACAUCGAAGAGGCGAUUAAACUUGUCGGAGAGUUUGAUGAAGCUGCGGGGAUUACUCCAGACGCUGUCACUUAUACAACGUUAAUGGACGCCUACUGCAAAGCAGGGGAGAUGGCUAAGGCUCAAGAGGUUUUGAAGGAGAUGCUCGGGAGAGGGAUUGAACCCACGGUUGUCACAUUCAACGUCCUGAUGAACGGGUUUUGUAUGAAUGGGAUGCUGGAAGAUGGCGAGAAGCUUCUGAACUGGAUGCUGGCGAAAGGUAUAGCACCUAACGCGACCACGUAUAACUCUCUCGUGAAGCAGUAUUGCAUUAGAGAUGACAUGAAGGCAGCAGCUGCCGUUUAUAAGGACAUGUGUUCUCGGGAAGUGGGACCUGAUGGUAAGACGUAUGAGAAUCUGAUCAGAGGCCAUUGCAAGGCUAGGAACAUGAAGGAGGCUUGGUUUCUGUACCGAGGAAUGGUGGAGAAAGGGUUUAGCGUCUCGGCUAGCACGUAUAGCGCUCUCGUUAAGGGGUUCUUGAAGAGAAAGAAGUUUGUGGAGGCGAGAGAGGUUUUUGAGGAGAUGAAAAGAGAAGGAUUGGCUGCGGAUAAAGAAAUUUUUGACUUUUUCAGUGAUGCAAAAUACAAGGGCAGGAGGAGGACAGAUACAGUUGUAGAUCCUGUUGAUGACAUUAUAGAGAGUUACCUUGUAGAUGAUGAUGAGUUAAGAGAAGCUAAUUAGCUGGUGGUAAGGUCAGAACUCAGAAGUUUAUCUUAGUGAGGAUGUUUCUACUUCUCAGGUGGUCAGUGUGUAUCUUUGAUUAGAACAGUUGUUUAAAGCAAGGAAGGGUAUUAAGUGGAGGUUCAAUGCAAUCUCAAGCAAAUUUGCCCAGAAAGACAGGAACUUGUUCAUUGCUGAUGAUGACCAACAAGGAGAAUAUGUCAAGAACAGACAUUGCAAAGAAUCUGUUAGGAGUUGAUGUUCUGCUGAGAGAGCUAUCGUACCAGCUCUUUAAAGCUAUAUCUUGCUCUCGGCCAUGAAAAUGUAACCGGCCACAGGUGACUUGAUGUUGAUGGAUGAUGACGACAGAGAUAAAUUUUUCUCUUUUGCUUUUUUUUUUUAUGAUUGGGGAUAGAAACAUGUGUUGACUUCUUUUUGCUGAAACUUUAUAAUUAGAUUAGGCUAUACGGUUUUCAAGAACGUACUAACAUUAAAUUGUACUCUUUGAAAAUGAUUGUCAUUGUCCUUAUAUAUCCUUCAAUUGUAAUAAAAGACAUUAUAGAUAAACAGUUUUUGUUCUC